UACCAGCUUGAGCCGGUAAAGAGCUGCCAAAACAGGCAGUGAGUGCCUGCCUGCCUGACCGGCGACUGGAGAUGCGGACGAAAAGAUGCUGCCGCUUCCGCCACCGCCGCCGCAUUUGACCAUCAGAUCCAAUUCUUAACAUGUCUCACCUGGAGUGACAAAAGCUCGAGUACGACUCCUCAUUUUCGACUCGAGCCAGAAAGCGAUGAGGAAGAUUCUGUGUUAGUUUCCCCCAGCCGGGUACAGUUCAUCUAUUCAACUAGUACUCAUCCGGUCACCUCACAGCCGUCAUGUUGGGUUCCAGCUGCCAUGGUUUCCUGGGUCCGAAUGUCUACAAAGAGGUGCCCGAAGGUGGCUGGGGCUGGGCUGUUGCUGUCACCUUCUUUGUAGUAGAGAUCUGCACCUAUGGGACCCUCAAGAGCUUGGGGAUCUUCCUCCAGGAUUUGAUGAAAGAGUUUAAUGAGAGCAACACUCGGGUGUCAUGGGUCAUUUCUAUCUCCGUCUUCAUUUUCACUUUUACUGCCCCUCUGUCCACCAUGUUGAGCAACCGCUUUGGCCACCGCCCCGUCGUAAUGAUUGGGGGCUUUCUCGUCAGCUUAGGCACCAUCGCCUCCGCCUUCACCAACUCCAUCAAUGAGAUGUACAUCACCGUUGGCGUAGUCUCAGGCUUCGGCUACUGUCUUACCUUCCUCCCCACCGUCACACUUCUUGCCCAGUACUUCUCCAGGCGGCGAGCCUUCAUUACCUCUGCUGCUUCUUCCGGAGAAUCUUUUGCCAUCUUUGCAUUUGCCCCAGCCUUCAUGAAACUCAAGCAGCACAUUGGAUGGCGCCACUGUCUCAUUGUCCUUGGGAUUUUCCAAUCCUGUGUAAUUGGUUGUGGCCUUCUUCUUCGUCCAAUCAUCAUCCAGCCAGAGCUUGAAAAGGAGGACAUUGAAAUGGUCGAGCCACUCUCUUUGGAACAACUGCAGGAUGUUUAUGAGCUAGAAAAUGAGCAAACCAGAACCUCCAUCAGUUCAGGAGUUUCCCAGAGUUCGGAGGAUUCGGGUGUCACUUCGCUUUCUACUUCAAAUGCGGAUUUGGGGGAGGCAGGAGCUGAAAUCAAGGCAGAGUGGGAGCUCCAGGACCAAGAGGGCCAGGAACUGUCAUUGUCCACUCCCCCUUCCCCAUUCAAGGUGGAUUCUGAACCAGAAGUGUCAGUGUCAGGGCCUUCUCAAGCACCCCGGACCAAACUGCUGGACUUCUCUAUCCUGAAAGACGGUGCCUUCAUUUGCUACUCACUCUUCGGCCUGUUUGCCACUCUGGGUUUUUUUGCUCCUCAGCUUUACAUCGUUGAACUGAGUAAAAGCCAUGGCGUGGAGCCCAACAUGGCGUCCUACAUGCUCUCUGUCAUGGCAGUGGCUGAGAUCUUUGGCCGUCUGUCCAUUGGCGUGUUGCUGAACAAAAUCCCUUGCAGAAAGACACUGGUGCUGCUGUGGUGUGUUGUUUUUCUAUGUCUGGUGCUGGUGGCCUUCACCAUUGUUUGGGAAUUUUGGGGCCUGGCUGUCUGCUGCGCCAUCUACGGGUACUUCCUGGGCACGGUGGGCUCCACGCACAUCCCCAUGCUGGCUGAGGAGGACGUAGUAGGCAUUGAUAGAAUGCCGACAUCUGUGGGAGUGUACGUCUUUAUUCAGAGCUUUGCUGGGCUUGCCGGACCACCUGUAGGAGGUGCGUUGGUGGAUAUCACAGGUAAUUACGGUUCGGCCUUCUAUUCCUGUGCUGUCGGGAUGGGGCUCAGUGCCAUCUGCCUGGCUCUACUUGGUCCAGUCAAGUCUGGCAUGUGCCAAAAACGGAAAAGUCAUCUUGUGAAGGAAGAGGAGAAACCUUUCCAGGACAACGAGCUGCAGGACUUUUUGGAGGUUGACUUGGGAGUGGAGGGCAGCCCUAUCAAGAAGUAGAUGGCGGAAGACAACAUUUGUGUCAUAGAAGAGCCUCAACAGAUUUAUGAAAAAUAUAAAUCCGACACACAGCAGAAGACCACCCCCCCCCCCCCCCCCCCAAUUUUCCUCACCUUUUUUUGCUGCUGCUGCUCCUUUCCAAACUCAGGUGUCGCACUUUCUGACAAGCUUGAAGCUCACUCCUUAAGGAGACCAAAGACAGCCAUGUUGAGCACAUGGUUUUAAACCUUAGUGGACACAUCGCCAUCUCUGCUCAUAAACGAUUUUCAUCAACUUCUGUAAGUCCCACCGGAAAGAUAUUUAUAUAGCGCCAAAUCACAACAGAAGUUGUCUCAGGGCACUUUCAUCACGCUGUAGGUCUCAAACCACACUCAUGAAGAGACCACCUCAAUCCCGCAUGACCAAGCAAGACUGCAAAUCUGCCCUGCACGGACGCACGAUCUCCUUGCUCAUGUUAAGGCAUGCAACCUGUCUGCAUGACGCUUCUCAUCACGACUCAGAUGGUGGUGCAGAAAAUACUGGAGAAUAGAAACAGCACCUCAGGCCUUGUAUUAUUUUAGCUGCCUGAGUGCAUAUGACGCAAUCAGAAUACAAAAACUGAAAUGACGUCUUGUGUUAAAUGUAUUCCACUUCUUCAAGUUCCAGCAAUAUUACGUAACUUAUUUAUUCAUUGAAUCAGGGAGCUCCCGCUCGUCGAGUGUCGUUUUCAUGAUUUCGCCCAAGCCUUACAAACUUCAUCACCUUAAUUCUUGUUUUGGCUAAAGGCAUUGAUUUUAUCUACUUUUUUUGAUCCUAUUUAUUUCCUUUAGAAUUACCUUGUGUUACACAACAGCAUACGUAUUGAAAUAAAUACGUAUAAAAAUGAUGAUCUGAAAUAUCAGUGUUUAAAAUACAGUGGGGGGGCGUUGUCAAAAUAGCUUGUUGGUGGUUUAUCACCACUCGCAAGAAUUCUUGGGGGUGAUUUUUGUUUUCUUCAAUGUAUUUCAAUGUCCGUCACUUAUCCACAGAUUUUUGUUUUUCAAGGCUGAUCUCUCUGUAUCGCGAAUACCCGGGGUCCACUGGAAUAGAGACCUAAAUGCACUGGUACAUAUUGAAUGAGAUGGCCAUGCAUGUUCUAUUAUGCAAAUGUGUGAAAGAUGUUUCUGCCAGGACAAAGAUGAUGCCCCUCCAUUCUCAUGGCAGUCUUGUGUGGUCUUCACUUAAAGUUUAGUUCUGUGGUUUGCUGUUUACUUUUUAUUUAUACAUUUUACAAUGAUCGUUUCUUUGUCUUUAGUGCCAGUAUUUUUUUUUUUAUCAAACACGGCAGCCAGCUGCCAGUUAUUAUUGAUGUCCUUUUUUU